AUGGCGCCAGAUCCCACCCCGGCCACUCCUCCAAGCAAGAGGCGCAUGGCACAAGACGAAUCGCCCUACACCAAUAACUCCUCCUUCGCCGAGUCCUCAGCAGACGAAUCUUCACCCGCGCUGACGGAGAGCUCUCCUACCGAUAGCGAGUCCUCGGAUGAGAAAACUGCGGAGCCAUUCGCUCCUCGUCCGCCUCCAUGGAUCUUGCGCCAAUCUGCUGUAUCGCGGACCAUUUAUACAUCACCACGUCUUGCACAGGAACACCCGACCUUCUUCUUUACAGCGAUCACGAUUCACGGAUCAGACUUUUUCUGGCUGCGCCCUGUUAUUCAAGCCGGGCAGGAUGCAUUAGCAAAAACGGGUGACCAACGGAAGAUGUGGCAGGCACGUAGUGAGCCGCAGAUCUUGCCAACCAAUAGAUCGCGGCUGGAGUCUCUCCAACCAGGUUAUGCUCUUGCAAGAUGGAAGAGAAAGCCACCAAGCAUCAUACCUGCGGCGUUUGUGGCAUUGAAACCCUCUGUGGCACUCUCCACCUUGACUAUUCGUCGGGCCUCCGGGUAUGCAACACUUGUGGUAAACGAGGGCAUCAAGUCUUCUGACUAA